AGGGUUCGUUUGAAUUCUGCUUUACGGUUGUUGUAGAUCUCGCUUCCUUAGUCCUGCAUUUGCUGAUAAUGUCCAACGGUCUAGCAUUUCAGCGCAAACUGGAGUUAAAACACCAGCACGUCUUGUUCAACAAAAGUCAACCAAAUCAAUUUAUAAACAAAGCUUAGAAUUAUUGUUUUUUCUCUAAAUGACUGACGGACCUGGUAAAGUUAUUAAUCCUAUAAUUGAAUCGACUGAUGAACAAAGUGAUCAGCUAAAAAUUGAGGAUGUGGAUCAAUUACAACAUGAAGGAAGUGAAGAUAGUACAGGCAGUGAAGAUUUGAGAUUAUUUUUAAAGGAAUUACAUGAAAAAGUAAAAGAAGACCACCAUCAUCACAACCAACAGCAACAAAUUCAACAAUCUCAUGUUAUUAUCCCUUCAACAGGACAUGCACAACCAGUUUGUGUGAUUAAUCCUGGUGAAUUACCAAUCAUUGGUGGUGGUGGGUCGUCAACAGCCGUGGCAUCUUAUCAUUCAUCACAAUAUAAUUUGAAAACGAAUCAAAUGAUACAAUAUCAAACACCUGGUCAAGUAACUACUACUGCUGAUCAACAUUAUCAUACAUCUGUAGGGGAAUUGAAUGCACACGAUGUUGUAUCUGACGGUGGUUGGGGUUGGUUUGUUGUGCUCGGUUCAUUUUGUUGUAUGGUACUAGUUGAUGGAAUAUGUUUCACUUAUGGUCUGUUAAUAAAUCCAAUCUGUCCAUAUUCUAAUUUACGUGUACUGUCAUCAUCAUCAAAUGGACAGAAAUUCAAUGAAACUGGUCCAAUUAAAUACCCUCGUAAUGACCGUAUUAUUCACCCAAUCGUUGGCAGUUGUAUACCAAUUUCAGAAUUAGGUGAAGAUUUUCAAAUACAACAACGUUCGAUUUUAUUAACCCCUGGUGGUCUAAUAGUUGGUCUAUAUCUAUUUCUUGGUCCACUCGUUAGUGCGUUAAGCAACCAAUUUGAUUUUCGCCCGGUAGCUAUGAUUGGUGCAAUUAUUACUACAGUUGCAUUGUUAACCAGUGCUUUUGUAACAACCAUUGAAAUGUUUACAUUGACAUUUGGGCUUCUUGGUGGUAUUGGUCUAUCAUUUAUCUAUUUGCCGGCUAUAGCUACCGUCGGACAUUGGUUUCAACAGAAACGUCCAUUAGCUGUUGGUCUAGCAUUAUGUGGCAGUGGUAUGGGUUGUUUAAUAGGUGGUCAAGCAAUUCCACGUUUAGUUUCAUUAUUCACAUGGCGUGGGACAUUGAUUAUAUUGGCUGCAGUUUGUUUUCAAUGUCUUACGCUUAUUUUAUUAUUUCGCCCAUGGGAUGUACACUUUCAGAUAACUCAAGCACAACAUGCCAAACGUUUAGCACGUGAAGCUGCUCGUCGUGCAGCAGCACUACGUCGAGCUGAAGCAGAACGUGUUCUACUAGAAGCUCGACGACGUAAAUAUCUGGCAGCACUAGAGGCAGCCGCUACAGCUCAUACCGUCGGUGUAAAAAAACAUUCGAAUACAACUCCUGCUGUGAUGACUAAUAAUAUUAACGGCAAUAAACCAGGUUUUCAAUGUCAAGCAGGUGAAUAUCGUCCAAAUUCAAAUGACAGCGGUGGUGGGGGAGUCAUUGGCGGAAGACGAAACACUGCACAGUACAUUCGUAUUCAUAAUACCAAUCAAACAAGAAAUGGACGCCAGAAUAAACAUUUUAUUUUUAAUCCAUAUAAUCGAACACAACAAAAUCCUGGUGUAAUGAAUACACGGUCAAAUGCAGUUACCGGUAAUCGUUCAGUUAAUCAUCAAAAUCAUGGAUCUAGUAGAACGGCUAAUCGUAAAAGGACACCUAGUCGUCGAGUUAUUGUUUAUCGUGGAUCAAUAAUGCAACGUAUUAUUGAAGAGAAACGGCGUCAACGUACUAUAUCUGUUGGCAGUUUAGAUGGUAUGGUUAUAACAAGAGAUAAUGAAUUAAUAGCUGCAUCGAAAAUAAUUAAUCAAGAUAAAUCAUUAUGUGAUCCUACUACAAUACAAAGAAUAUCUGAUAAUGUUACACGUAAAAUUGAAGCAAAAUUAAGUAAUACUAUCGCACCGAAAUUAUCGAUUGUCAAUAGCGUUAAUAUCAAUAGUAAUAAUAAUAAUAAUACCGGUGUUGUUGUACCUACAUCAGGCGGGACUUCAGCACUUGGUAGUCGAACUGGUUUACGAGUGAGUUUACCUCAAAUUGUACAAGAAUACAUACAAUCUCAAGUAUCUCUUAGUUUACAACAACAACAGUCUAAACUCUCGUCUGUAGCAAAUCUCAUCAAUAAUAAUAGUAUGAACUAUGGUAAUGACCAGUCAACACCAGCGGAUACCUUUGUUCGUUCACCAUCAGUUAUAUCGAAAUUGAGCACCGUGAUUAUACCUAAUUAUGAUACUGCCACUGUUCAAUUGGCAUCAGGAAUCGGAGAAAAUUCAGUGCAUUUAGAUGGUAGUGGAUUUACAGGAUCUAAAAAUGCCCCCAUACCUUCUGAUAGUAAUCAAAUGAUUCCUGUUAAUACAUCGAUGAUGAAUUCACCGGCUUUUCUAAGUGGUACUACUAACCCACCACCACCAUCAACAACAGGACGUGAUCCCGUUCCAACAAGGACACAUCCGAUUCGUUCUGUUUCUGAGACUGUUAGUUUAAAACGUACUACAUCCGAAGCUAGUUUAACUUCUCAUUUUACAUCAAUCGGUGUAGUAGAUCCUCAUAAUAAUAAUGGUAAUAUUGCUGGCGCCGAUUUAUUAGAUGAUGAAAUAAAAGCUGAUAUUCAAUUAAUUAUUCGUAAAGAAAUGUCAAGACCACAAUAUAAAAAAGAUUUUUUCUAUACUGGUCCAGUUCGUCAAGUUUUUGACUCGUCAGUGCUAUCAUCAAAACAAUUACCGAUCAGUCAUAAAUUGAGUAUUAAUUUACCGAUAUUAACAGCGACAGUUGCAGAUAAUCGACCGAAUCGUUCAUCAACUGCAGCACUUCGUUUACCGUCAACUAUUAUACAUCCGGAUAUUAAAUUACAACCAGAGCAUUGUAGUCAGACAAAUUUAAGUAUUGCUAAUUCAAGUAAUUUGUUUACUAAUCAAUUUAUACCACCAGCUCCAUGCCCAUCUAUACCGUUAAACAAUCAACAAUCUAUUGUACAUAAUGUUCCUCUUACUGGCCUACCGCAAUUCUCUAUUCCAUUGGGUAGCAAUAUAAAUCAGUAUGGAGCAAAUAUUAAUUCAGAUAGAAUCGAUUCUGUCGGAUAUAUAAAUAAUACAGAAAGUGUAGAAACUUCUGCAACUCCUCUCUCUAAUCAACUUGGUCUUAGUCAAAAAAUUGACUGUGAUGAAAGCACAAUAACCAAUACUGGUUUACAACGACAUCAACUACAAGAAGGACUCAUAGAUUUCGGAGUGGAUAUCGAUGAUGGUGAUGUUGGUGCUGUUGAAUUAGGAUUGGACGAUAUUGAUAUUGAAGACGACGAUGAUAAUCGUGAUACAAUUCUAAUGAAUGAUGACGAUGAAGCUGUUUAUACACGUUGUCAAAAAUGUUUUGAUCAUUGUAUCAGAUUAUGUGGCAGUGCACUAUUCUGUUGUUGGACAUAUAAUCCAAUUGGUUUAUUUAUGCAAGAUUUAUUAUCACCGAAAUUAUUGUCCAAUAUUACAUUCUUAUUUUUUCUUUUCUCAAGUAUGAUGGCUAUGCUUGGAUUGGUUGUCCCUUUUUUAAUGUUACCUGAUCUAUUGGCUGAAAUGAAUUGGAAACUUGAAGACUCCGGUUUUAUCAUUUCGUCAAUUGGUGCAGGGAAUACAUUUGGACGUUUAUUUGCUACCUUCUACAUUGAAAAAGCUUGGUCUACAACUUAUAAAUGGGCUGAUUCAUUAUGGAUGAACAAUAUCUCUUUACUGUUAACUAGUGUAACUGUGUUUGUACUCCCGAUUGUAAGACGAUAUUAUGCAGCUUUAGUUUUAAUCUCAUGUGGUUUUGGACUUUUCUCAGCUGUAUUCGUAUCGUUAAAAAGUAUUCUAGUCGUGGAAUUAAUCGGUAUUGAUCGCUUAACUAAUGCAUUUGGAUACCUACUUUUAUUUCAAGGCUUUGCAGCCGCCGUCGGUCCACCAGUUGCAGGUAAGUUGUUUGUUUUCACUACAAUAAUUCUAUACUUGAUGUUGUAAAUUAUUCAGUAGGUUAGUACACACUGAUUUGAACUUUGUACUUCACACUUAUAUCAUAAUAGUUGAUGAGUAACAACGUAGUAUGUGACUAAAAGUCAAUUCGGAUCUUUCUUUGGUACAAAACUAUUUUAAAUAUUCUAAUCAUUACAGUUUUCAAAGAGUAGAGUUCUUUCAAACUUUUAAGAUUUCAAUAUUCUAGAAUCAUGUUUUUCAUCACGGAUUGACCUUGGUUUGACAUCUAUUAAAAAAUCCGAAAGCAUUAAACAGCUAUCUCGUUCUAGUAUGAUAUUCAUCAGUAUUCAUAACCUUAUCAAGAAUACUCAGUUGAUAAAUAUCCUAAUCUUUACAUAAAUUCUGUUGAAUAAGUUAAAAUGAUGAUAAAUGGUUGUUCUUAAGAUAGCUUAGUAUGAAACAUUUUCAGAACUUAUUCAGUUAUAAAGUUCAGAUUGAUGUACUAAAGCUUAAUGUUAAACGCUUUUUCUGUCUAAUAAGAUCUAAUAUUAGUACUAGACUAUUCAAGUUUUAAAGAGUAUAAUGAUUUAGUGAUAAAAUGUACCCAAUUGUGAAACCUUAACUCUACACAAAAACUGAUACUACGAUGUAUCAUACGUUUUUAUAAGCAAGCGAAGACUGAAGUCUAACAAUAAAGUAAAAGAAGUCUACAAUUUAAACUACUUUCUUCACAAUGUUUUUCGUUUCUCCUAGUUUUAUCUGGUACUAUUCGCUUUAGUUUCAUAGUUUAACAUCUCAUUGAUCAUGACUUUUCUAUAUGCACUCGAAUUUGUUCUGCAGUUUAGUUAUGAAAAGGUUAACGGAUACUAUUCCAUUACUAGAAUCCAAGAAGAUAGAGUGCAAGUACAUUUCAUGAUCCAUAGGUUAGAAAUCAAAUGUUUUAACAUCAUUUUGCGCCACUAUAUUUGUAACCUUUCAAGUAAAAUCAGUGAACACAACAUUACUGUCUUCACAAUUGAGAAGAAUUUCCAAAAUUAACCUGUAAACGUUCUUCACUCAUCUAAUGAUUUUACAAAUGUAAUUCAUUAGGUGACAACUCAUUGAUCUGAAGCCUAAACUUUCGUAACGGGACCUGAAUCUUCCGGUUUCGAAUCUUGGUGGAGAGGUAGUUUUGCGCUGCUGACAUAUCCUGUACUACAUCGAGACAACUGGUUCUCAGCUGUCGUUCAACCGAAAUCAUGUCAUGACGUUAAAACAUUAACAAAUGGUGAUUGAAAUAUAUGAUGACACAAAUAAUUGAACAAUAUCAUGCUCUGUGUGUGUGUGACUUGAAAGUCUAAUUUGUUUGAUCUUAAUAAAAGAGAAAGUGUAACUGCACAUAUAUGAAAAAUCAUUAAACAAAAACUAUAUUAUUCAUCUAGUAUAUAUUCAUUGAUUAGUGAUUAUUUUCCUAACAUCACUUGAUCUUAUCUAUAAAUAAAGAUAAAUUCUCUUAAGCUUUCAAUUGAUUAAAAAUAAUUAACAUUAUUUGUUGUAGUUUCUCAAUUGACAGUUAAUGUUAUGAGUUUUCUGCUAUUAUCCCAACGAACGCUUAUUAGUCAGUCAGCAAUUUUUUUAUAUCAAACAAUAGUUAGCCAACUAUAAAUGCUUAUUUAUUCCCCGUUUACUAUUCAGAACACUUGGAUAACUGACCAAGACAGGUACUUCACAUUAUUCGGUAAUAGUCUGAAUUAAAAAUCUACAUAACUACUUAAUUAUUUACUUAAGCCUGUUAGCUCUCCUGAAUGAGCAUAAGUCACCCAUCAGGACAUAACUAUUACGUACCUUAAAUAACUAAACCAUAAUACAUCAUAAAAAUAAAUCAAAUGAAACUUGAAAAUGAGAAGUGUUUAAAACGAAUACCAUGAAUCACUUGUUUAGUUAUUUAAGAGAUUUACAAAUAGAUAAAACACUACCAUUCAGUAUUUCUGCAGUGUAUAAUGCUCCAACGCAUAACGCAUCAUCUAUGGCUUUUAUAUUUUCUGCUUCUGCUUUGUUUACCUCUUGUCUUCUUGGCUGUCCUUUGCGUUGGCUGUCAAAAAGAAGAUUUUCCAAUAAGCCAAUAUCAUCAUACAAUCCCACUGAGUUAGUACCAAAUCAUGUGGAUCAUACAAACUAUGGUUAUGAAUAUAAUACCAUUUCACCGACAUUGCCGACGACUGAUCAUGAAUAUUAUAUACAGCAACAACAACUGGGUAAUAUGGUCAGUGAAUAUCAAUCCAUAGACGUGAAUUGUAUGACAGCAGUUGAUCCUAUAUCUACUAGCCGACGUGUUGACGUCGUCGACAGUCAUUAUGCGGUAAACCAACCGACGGUAGUACCAUCUUCAACUUCAUUGACAGUGAUCGAUGCCCUGAAGUUACAGACUACAACCACUGAUCAAUUAUCACCAUCUAUUAUUCCUCAAUCUUCUGUAAAUUGUCUGCCGAUAUCAUCCGGCCAUCAUAUGAUUUUUUCAACAGAGCCAGCAUCGACAUUAGCUGCCAGUGGUAUUGUCACUGGAUUGUUGGAUAAUAAGACAUUGGAUACCACUACUAAUGCUACUGGUACAACAAUACCUAUGACAGAUGAGUCUGUUUCUUUGGUCAAUGUCGGUGGUUUGAAAUUGCCCGCUGCUGUUAUUCCUGCAUCUGUAGUCACUGGUGGUGGUGCAGUUCCCACUCCUGUAGUAUCAUUGUCACUUCCAGCUCAAUCUGUUGAAGUCUUAGAGGUCAAAGAAGAUCCUGGUUUAGAACCAGUUGUAGAAGAAGAAGAGGAAGAUUAUGAAGAUUAUGAACAAGAUGUCGAUCAAUAUACAGGAGUUAAUCAAUUGGAAUCUGGCACAUUAUUAUUGACAGAACCCGGUACCAAUAUUGAUAGUAGUAUACCAACAUCAGAAUCCAGCUUUAAUCAAGAUACUACUGGUGAUUCAGUGCCAACUAAUGGCUCUUCAUCUUCAUCUCUACGUAAUAUCAAUUCACGCAAAGAUGGCAUAAAGCAUAAACGUCGUAGAACUUCUAAACCAUUUGAAUUAAAUAUGCCAAUUGUUGAGGAUAAGUUUACUAUAGAUGUGACAAAUAAUGUUGAUGAGGAUACUGUUAAUGUGCAAAGAAAUUCUGUUACUACGACGACGACGAUUAUCACUACUGCUACUAGCUCCACUACUACAACUACUUCUGGUACUGGUACUACAAACAGCACAACACCAACUAGUACAAAUGAAGAUAACAAUGAUGCUAAUCUUGAUCACACUCUUGGUAGCGGUAGUGGUAAUAAUAAUAAUAAUAACCAUAAAAAAGAUACUAACAGAGAACAAACUAAUAACGAUAACAACACUAAUUAAACACUAUUUUUAUAUGCUAAAUCUUAUCCAAGGUCUAUUCUCUUUACUAUUUUAUUGCUUUAUCUAAAUCAUAUAAUAAUCAUCUCUGUGUUGUCUGUUGCUUGUAAUUAUAAAGAAAUAUGCAUAACUAGUCGAACAUUCUAUUCAAAGGUAACACAUUUUUAUUUUUCUACUUCUAUCCCACUAUUUCCAUCCCAUCCUUAUGUGUGUACUUGUUGGAUGUGCUAUACUACCAAUAAUAUACACUUAAACUUCUGUGAAAUAUAAGACAAUGUUAAUGUAUUGUGUAUUGAGUUUUCUUCCUUUGAAAAUUGUCUCGUUUCUAUAUUGCUUACGACAGAUACUGGUUUUCUUUCAUCUCAUUAUGUAAAUAACUUGGUCUCUUUGCUUGUCCUCCCUCUCUCUCUCUAUUUCCCUUCCUUUUUUAUGGAUUGAUUCAUGUGUAAAUUAUUUGUAACAUUGAGACUAAUGUGAUUACUAAUACUUCUGUGUUGUUAUUAUCCUUAUCGUUAAAUCUCACAUUAUUCAUGUAGGUUCUUCUUGACGGUUUCCUGUUUUUCUACAACUCAAUCGUUAUAAUUUUGCUUUUAACUAUAACUAUACCUCUUACGCACAUAAUCAAUUUCUCUUCUGUUAUUGUUCCAUAAUUACUUACUGCUUGUUCAUUUUUAUCAUUGUUAUGUACAUUUACUAUUGAUGAUAACUAUUAUGAUGAUGCUAUCGUUAAGAUGCCUCAUAUUAUUGCUUUCAUUGUUGUUUCUACUGCUGCUAUUGCUGACGCCACCGCUGCCAUCAUCCUAUUUUUUGUUUCUGUAAAGAAAUUUCAUUUACUUAUUAGUUUCUUUGAUAUUAACCAUAUUCUAGCAAAUACUUUCACUAUUACUACCACUAAUCUGUCUUUUCAUUCAUUAUGUUAAUUUGAUUUUAAUUAAUUCAUGUUUAUUAUAUUUGAUAAUUUAUUGAUUAAUUGAUUGAUUUAUUGACUUAAUGUUAUGUUUCUUUUUUCGAAACAAAACAAAUCGAAUAUCAUCGAUGUUCUUUUUUGUUGGUUGUUGGUUGUGUAAUUUGUCAGUGUUUUUUCUUUCUUUAAAUCUCAUUUUUUUGAUGCUGGUCUCAUCGUAUGUGUGUGUGUGUGUGAAAAUUUGGUGAACUCGUUUGUGUUUAUAAGUUUGUUAAAAAAGAUUGUUCGAUUUGAAAGAUUUCAACAGAUGUAUACCGUUUGUUUGUUUUUUCGUUGUUGCUAUUUGUCUAUUUAUUUUAAAAAAAAAUAACAUAAACCAUUUAAAGUU